GCAUCAUGGCGGCACCGGUGCCGCUAAUUGUUAAGAUUCGUGUUUUGUUGGCCCUCUCGACGAAAGAAAGGCUUCUUAGGGUUCGUCCGACCCAUCCACGGCAUGGAUCUUGAGGCCCAGCUGACCCUACCCUGACACUCUCAGGUUUGAACCGCAAUAACAACUCCACUCAGGACUGAAUGCGUGGUUUCGGCAACUCCGUCAGCUAUGGUGGAAAAUGUGGUCAGCCUUCCUUGUGUCCAACUAUGGACUCCGCAAUGUUUACGGAGAACGCUCGCAUCGUUCGACAACUUCGGCGAGACAUGAAGGCAUCAAAACCAGAGCAUCCGAAUUUCAUCUAUCAUCGUCAAAACACAAAACCAAAGACGGUGCAGGUUCUCGCCACACGGUCCGGAAAUUAGGCACCGAUUGACGUCCGCUCUUUGGCCACAGGAAGACGUUGGCACUCAUGAGGACAUAAUUAAAUGUGAAGCGCGACGGCCAGCAUGACCAUGGACGUCAAAGCGGAACCUCAGACCAAGGCAUCGCAGGAGUGCGCCGGUUGCGGAAAACGAAUCACUGAAAGGUUUCUGCUUAAGGCGCUUGACCUUUAUUGGCACGAGGAUUGUUUGAAAUGCGGCUGUUGCGACUGCAGAUUGGGCGAGGUGGGAUCAACUUUGUACACCAAGGCAAAUCUCAUCCUCUGUCGACGGGACUAUCUCAGGUUGUUCGGAAACACGGGGUACUGCGCGGCAUGUGCCAAAGUGAUUCCAGCCUUUGAGAUGGUGAUGCGCGCCCGGUCCAAUGUGUACCACCUCGAGUGCUUCGCCUGUCAGCAGUGCAAUCACAGGUUUUGCGUCGGCGACCGGUUUUACUUGUGCGAGAACAAAAUCCUGUGCGAAUACGACUACGAGGAGCGACUUGUGUUCGCCAACAUGGCUUACAACCCUCCGAGUUUGGCGCACCUGAAGCGCCAGACCAGCCAGUUACCUCCCCCUGGUCAGGCGGUGAACGGUGGCUCCGCAGCCUCGCGUCUGCACCCCGGCGUGAACCUCCCCGGCGGCGUUGGUCCCUUAGGUGGAGGACCGCCUAUGCCGACCCUUCACGGCGACUCUCUGCCCCCCGACCAGCAGCGGCGCCUCCAGAACGGCGUCGACGGCGGCGGCGGCAACGGCUUCGUCGCCCCCGGAGACCACUUGGGUCCGUUCGACGCCAAAUGAGACUUUCCGAAACGCAAGCGGAAACGGAGCUAGUCGCGCAUAUCAAGGAAAGAAAGGAAACGAAAAAUUAGCAAGUUUGGUGGGGAAAAUUUAAAUUAAAAAGAAAAUUCCGCCGCAUAUAUACUCUCGGAGAGCAGGAUCAAUGUUCGAUAUUAAGGGACUUUCUCAGUCAGUGCAUGUGUUCUCCAGUAGAAGCAGAACUUUUUUUGUUCAAAUUUUAUUAUAUAUAUUCUAUAUCAAUGUAUUGACUUUCGUUUAUGAUUGAUUGUGAUACUCAAAUGCCAAACUCUAUAAAUGAAGCAUUUUUUGAAGCCUCGCCCACUUCGAUUGAUAUGUAAAAUAUUGCAGAGGCAAAUGUUGAAAAAUGUAUUAUGGACUAAUUACUAAGUGUAUAAUCACACCUUCCGAAAUACUGUAAAAUCGUACAUAACGAAGCACUUCUGUAAAUUAAAUAUUUGAA